AUGGGAAAGGGAAAAGGUCGGGGCUCUGCGAAAUGUACUUUCUAUCACGACAUCCAACAAGAACUUUCAAGGAAAGAAACUAUCCGCAGACAGCCAGUUAAAAAGACACCAUCCCAACGACCUCGUUUGACCACAGGUUUGGGAACGCUCCGAAACCUUAUCAGAGAACGCACAUCAUAUGAGCAUCACGAAUGGAUCCAACAACGUCGUCGUGCUGGAUACAUACCACAGAAGCCAGAGACCGUAGCAAACUCUGGAAUUGAAGAUAUGGCUCCGGCUGAGCUUCUGGGAACAACAAUAUUAUCGCCUUCUGAACGCAAACGUUUCUUUGAAAACUCGACAGUUUCAUCACUCGAAAUCAUGACUUUGAAAGUCUUGGGGGAGUAUCUGGUUGACUACUUGAAUGCCAUGGGAAUAGAGCAACUACAUGGUGCAUUGUCGCUUCUACCAUCAGAAACGCUGGCAGCGCUGUCUGUGCUAAUAUCCUACAACACUGGAGUCGACAACAACUUGGCAUAUGUUUUGGGAAACCAUUCCCAUGUUACGUGCUUGAGUUUGCGUGCAACGAAGAUCGAUGACUCUUUUAAUGACGAUGGCCUUCUUUCGCUGCUUCCCGAAGUCGAGGACUCCUCAUCCGAGUUGCAAUCAUCGUGGGAGGAUUUGGACGGCAACGACGACGGCGAAACCAUGAUGGCAAACAUCCAAUUCGACGGUUCUACUUCGCGUCUUCAGCGACUGGAGCUAGUCGAAUGUCCGUCAAUAACGGUAGAUGGGCUUCUGGCUUUUCUUGAAAAGCAGCCGUUUAUCAAGCGCUUAUCAAUAGCAGGUUGUUUCAACAGAGAAGAUAAAGGGGAGAAGCUGCUUCAACGGUUGCCUCAACUACUGCCCUCGUUAGAAAGCCUUGAUUUAAGAAGGUGCUCAUGGGUCUGUCAAUCGUCCAUUCAUACUUUGGCAAAUACGUACGAAAGAAAUCAGAAUGGAUCUCCAGACAUCCACUAUCAAGAUGGACAGAUCGAUGGGGGGCAAGAGGCUUGGUAG